AGUUAACCACUAAAUAUAAGUAGAGGAGUAUUUCUAACUCUUUUCCUUUUUAAAAUAAGUAAAAUAAUCUUUUUUGGUCACACGGUUAUUAAGAAAAUUAAAAAGAAAAGUGUAAUUGGGAAUUGAGAUGCUAGUUCGAUCAUCUGUUUUACAGAUCGCGGGUCGGGUCGGCGGAUCCUUAUUAACGACUUUUUUGCCGCCAUUUCAAUCAAAUUCAAAAAACGCGCACAUUAUUAGUGCAGUAGCAGAUGAAUAAUAGAUGAUCCAAAGAGAGAUAGAGAGAGAAGCUACAAUCGGAAAUUUUUCGUGCUAGGGUUUCGAUAGCUUUACGAUUUUUCACUGGAGAUUUUCAUACUCGCGAAGGUUGAGAUACUCUUUUGGCGAUUUUUAAUGUUCGAAGUUCCGAUUUUGUUUUCAUUAGUCAACUGUAUUUCAAAUUCUAUCAAUUUAUUUGCGGACAAGCCAGUUAUUGAGCUCAUCUGAAGGGUUUUUAUUGCAUAGGAGCCUUAUAUUUUUUGCCGGAGAUUUUUGAACUCGUGGAGGUUAUUCCUAUGCCUGAGAUACUCUUUGGCGAUUUUUAAUCUUUUAAGUUCCGAUUUUGUUCUGAUUAUUCAACUGUCUUUCAAAUUCUGUUUCGGAUCAAAAGUUUGCAGACAAGCCAGUAGCCUCCCUGAAGGUGAAAAAAUUUGCAGACAAGCCAGUAACCUUGUCUGAAGCUGAAAAAUUUGUUGCUCAAGCGCUUGAUUGUCUGAUUAUCUGUUUGGUGGCUUGAAAUGAUAGGAUUGAACCCUGUUCAUUGUCUAUGUUGUAGCGAGUCCUUUACCUAUUUGAUCUAACGUUAGCUUUCCUACUUACGGGAUCUGGAAAAUUCAUAGUUAUCUCGGUUCAUGCAUAUUCGUGAUGUUUGUCUUCAUUGAAAGUUGAUUUAAUGCUGAUUGUUCAAUACAUAAGCAGAACUUGUUUUUUUAACUGUUAUCAAAACGAGUUUUGUGUCUUUCCAGUUAGUUUCUUUGGUUAUCCAAGUAUGAAUGCUGAUAUUUCAACAGUUUAUAAGAAACUAGAGGUUUCAGAUAUGGAUAUUCUAGCUGCCAGCAGGCAGUUCUUCUUUCACAUUAAGCAUGUUUGAUAUUGGAUUAACUAGAUACAACUGGCUCUUAAGCGGAUUGUCGUUUUGUGUCAUUUGAGAUGCAAAGUUUGUUUGGCAAUGUUGUCAACUUUGUCGUACGGAUAGUUAGUAUUUUCUCAUUGACUAUUUCUGUGUGUGUGGAUGUAGAAUGAAUGGGAUAAAAAUGUUAUGCUUAGAAUUCUUAAUGAUUUCAAAAUUUUGUAUAAUGUGCUAUGAAAAUGACAGUCAUCUCUGAAGGUUGAGAUGAGAUGCAAUGCUUGCUGGCGAGAACUGGAAGGACAGGCCAUCACCACCACUUGUGGCCACAUCUUCUGUAUGAGUGAUGCCAGUAAAAUUCUCAGCAAUGACGCUGCUUGUCCUAUCUGUGAUCAAGUUCUCUCUAAAAGUCUCAUGAAACCUGUAGACGUCAAUCCAAGUGAUGAAUGGAUAAAUAUGGUCAUGGCUGGAAUUACACCACAGAUAUUAAUGAAGAGUGCCUACAGAAGUGUGAUGUUCCAGAUUGGACAAAAGGAAUUGGAAAUGCAGUUCAAGAUGAACAAGAUAGUAGCUCAAUGCCGUCAGAAAUGUGAGAUGAUGCAGGAAAAGUUCUCUGAAAAGUUGGAGCAAAUUCACACUGCAUACCAGAAGGUGUCUAAAAAGUGCCAAAUGAAGGAACAAGAGAUCGAGAGCUUAUCUAAAGACAAGCAGGAACUACAAGAAAAAUUUGCUGAGAAAUCCAGGCAAAAAAGAAAACUUGAUGAAAUGUAUGAUCAGUUGAGAAAUGAAUAUGAUUCAGUAAAGCGCACAGCCAUUCAGCCAAGUAAUUUCUUUUCAAGGCCAGAGCCUGAUUUGUUUGCAAAUCCUGCUAAUAUGAUGGACAACAGAGAUAACAUGAGAAAAGAUUGGUCCGUUCUCACUCCUGAAACUCCAGGACCAAGAGAAGACAUAUGGCCUCCAGCAAGACAGAACGGUUCCAACUCUGGCCCUUUUGAUGUCUCAAGUGGCUCCCCUGUAAGACAGUCAGCAGUACCAGUGGAUGCUGGAAAUAGAAGAGCAGGUGCACGUCCCAUGCUUGGUGUUGCAACUGAGGCAACCAAUCCCUCAAUGACCCUUAGGAAUCUCAUCUUAUCACCAAUUAACAGACCUCAACUCUCCCGCAACAGACCACAGAUGUUCACGUUUUAAGUUGGGAGAUCUUUCAAUUUCAGUAGUGUGGAGAAAAAUAUACCUGAGCUGCAAUGAUGAACCAGGUUUCCUUGACAUUUUCAUUGGGAAAUAUAGCUGUGAAUGACAGUGCCAGAUAUUGAAAUGCUUAGCUGACUUUUCUUUCGUGGUGGAAAAAGUAAAGAUGAUGUAGAGUAAUAUUUCAUAGUUUACAUACAAAUGGAUGAUGUGAUACGCUUUCCAGUUUAAUAGUUGCAACUUCUCUUGCACUACAUAAGUUGUAGCAUAUGCCUCUUUCAUAUUUGAGGAGUCAGAAGUUACUAGUUUGGACAAUUGGAACACUAUCUUCCUUGUGCUGUAAAUUGCCAGUACUCUUUAGAUUACGUGCUGCUAACCUACAAGAACUGUUUAUUUUUGGUACU